AUGGCGACGGAGGUGUUGAUAGCCCAUACGGGCCAGCGCCUGCAGGUGGACACGACGCAGUUCACCACGCUCGAUGAUCUCAAGGCCUGGAUCGCAAGGCAGGCGUCGAUUCCGCCGCAUCAGAUUGUUGCUUUGACUGCUCAGGGACGAGGCGUCAAGUUGCAGACCCUUCACCAUGAAACGGAGAUCUACAUCUACGACCUCCGGAUAUCGCAACCCACACCCCCGGGCGCCGCCUCGUCUCCCAACUCCGAACUGCCCCUCCCGAAGCGAUACGCCAUCCCGAACGCCCCCAACUACAUCGGUAACAUCCGCAUCCUGUCAGAAUGGCAAGCCCUUUGCAAGGAGCGCCAGGCAUGGGCUCUCGGCAUCGUCGAUGACUCAGCGCGUAUGGCGGACGAGAUCCAGGAGCGAUACAGCGAGAUGGACGUCAUCAUCAAAUGCCUCGACGCGGCAGUGGCCAAUCUGGAGAUUAGUGUGAAGCAGAUCGAGCCCAAGUACGCGGAGUUGAGGAAAUGGGUGCAGCCCGCACUGGAAGAGUACGAGCAGCUCGCUGAGAACUGGGAGCACUACCUCACUAUUGCGCGCAACGUGCCCAUCGCUGCCUCCAUGGUGCGUUUCAUGACGUCGCGGGACCUCACGAAGAAGCAGGCGACGCUCGAAGACCUAAUCGAGCAGGACACGGCCAAGAAGUCAGGACGCUUUGCGCCGUCAUCGUUGAAGAAGUUCAGCACCAAGGCCGCCGAUCUGGACAAGGCUGCGGAUAGGAUGUACGGAGCGCUGCGGCAACUGAUCGGGGACUUCGACAACCUCGUGGGCCGAUCCGCGUUAACGCACAGCGGCGAGGCAGCACAGUUGCUCCAGGACCUCGAAGCUGUGGCCAAAAAGAUCCAGACGGACUACCACGUCAUGAUGGAGUACUCUGACACCCAACCCAAUGUCCUCCAGGCGUCGCGGACGGCCGAGAACCACACAUCGCGUUUGAUACCCACCUUGAAGAAACGCGCUGCGGAAAUGGACGAUAUGCUGAACUACGCCACGCAGGCGCGGAACGCCAUUGCCUCGGACUCCGUCGGCUUCAUGCGGAAUAUUACUGAGAUCACCACAUUGCACAGCAGCGUUAAGAAUCAAAUCAGCGUUCUGAACCAGGCCGAAGACGACAUGACGACAUUUGAUUAUCUGCGCCUAAUCCACCAGCUUCCAUACAUGUACGCCUCUUUCGUCUCCGAAGCAGUCCGUCGCCGUGAAUGGUCCGACAAGAUCAAGACGGAUUCGUCAACACUGGCCAACGAGAUGGCCUUGUUCCAAGAUGAGGAGUCGAAAAGGAGGAGGAAGUGGCACAAGAUGGUCGGCAGCAUGUACGGCCGAGACAAGGUUGAGGCCAACAUCUUGGGUCUCGAGGUCAACCUGCUGGGCGAGGAAGAGACUUGGCCAAGCAUGACCAAGCGCGACCUUGAAGAGUUCUUGGAGCACCUUCAAAGACAACAGGCCGAAGUUGACAUCAUCGACGACGUGACGAAGCUUGUCAAUGAGCUGAGCAGCCCCACGAAGCAGCAGUCGAAGAGGCUGAAGGCCUUUAAGAAUGGCAGUAUCCACGAAGCUGCCCUUGGACGGAGCGGCUUGAUGAUCCGCGGUGACGAUGAUCUGCUUCGCAGUCUCCAGGAUGACAAGUCGAAGCUCGAGAACAAGCUGAAGACGGCUGAUAGCAGGGUACGGAGAUUGGAGGACUUGCUUCAUAGGCAAAGUGCGGCAUCUCGGCCUGGCAUCGGAGGCUUGUUCGGCCACGAAAGGAAUGAUUCGACAAACUCGAUAAAGUCGAUGGCGCCCUCAGAGGAUCAUCAUCGUGCGACGGGCCAUCCAGAGGCACUAUUGCAGAGGAUUCAACAGCUAGAAAAUGAGCUGAGCAACCGUCAAUCACCCGACAACUCGGAGGCAUUGACCCUGAGAAUACAGCAACUCGAAAGCGAACUCAACAACCGGCCAGCUUCUCAAGGUUCUGAGAUCCAGUCGCAAAGGAUACAACAGCUCGAACUUGAACUCAAUGCGGAAAAGGAGAAGUGUGCAGCAUUCGAAAAGGAUCUCAGCGUCAGGGCUACCGCCCACGACGACGUCAAGGGCCGGAUGGAAGAGGCCAACUCUACCAAAAAGGAACUCCUCGAGAACAUGGAGGCCUUGCAGCGGGAGUUCGUCGAAGAGCGGAAGUCGCUCGAGAACGAGAUCAAGGGACUCAAGGCGCGUAUAGAAGACACCGAAGACGAGAUUGAGAACUUUGACGAGUCAAGAGAGAACGAAAAGGCCACGUACAUCGAGAGGAUGCACGAGCUGGAAGCCGAGGUCGAAAGGCUGCAGAAAGAGCAGAAGGACGAGGCCCUCAAGACCCAAGGCCAAGUCGAAUUCCUACGCAACGAGGCACGGCUUCAGAGAGAGCAGAACGAGUCGCUCGAUAAGCAGCUCCGAACGGCCAACGACGAGGCGAAGAAGCUGGCCAAGAUCUUGGGUUCAACCCAGGACACCGCCGAUACACAACUGAAGGCCCUUCGCGAUGUUCACGACCAGCUGUCUCCCAACGACGACAUCACAGAGGACCUUAACGAUCUCAUCGAUGCCCUUGUCUACCGGGCUACAGAUGUCGCGGCCAAGAUGAAGACCCUGGAGAGCGACAAAUCGAUACUCAAGGCCGACCUUGAGCAAGCCGAGGAGCACACCAAGGUUUUAAAGACAGAGGUUUCUGAAACGAAGGACAAGCUCGUGCUUGAGGAGGAUAACUCUAGGCAACUGAGAGAGAACUUGGAUGAAGAGAAGGCCAAGGUGGCUGCUCUCGAACAAGAAGCAGCCGAGAGCCGGGAACAGCUGGACCAACUUCGCGCCAAGAUUGCCGAUGGCGAGACCGGCUCGGAAAGCCUCAGGAAAAAGCUGGACGAAGGACAGGAGCGGAUCAGCUCCCUCACCGAGGAGCUCGCAUCCCGGCAAUCCCAAGUGGGUAGUCUUGAAGAGGAGCUUCGGCUUUGUAAGGAAAAGAUGGACAAGUCCCGAGCCAAGCUCGCGGCCGUCUUUAGCCAUUUCGAGUCUAGGUCUGAGAAGACCAAGGACCUGACACAGCGUCUCUACUCCCAGAACGACCGACUCUGCAGGCUGCUGGAACGGCUGGGUUUCGCGGUCACGCGCCAAAACUCAACGAUGACGAUACAGAAGGUCCCAAGGUCUGAGAGAGGCACUACGAGCCAGAUGCACAAUGCGAACGACUCAUCAGACCCCAGCCAAUCAAUGAUCCGUCGCUCUGGCAUGCUCAUUAGUCGUACCUUGGCCGAUAGCACCGACCUCGAGUUGUUGUACUGGAUGAACGGCACCGACACCGACACGGAGACGGACAAGUACGAAGCCUUCAUGACGCGUCUGGGCAGCUUCGACAUGGACUUAUUUGCCGAAACAGUAUACAGGCGUGUCAAGGAUGUCGAGCACCUCGCUCGAAAGCUCCAACGAGACGCGCGCGCGUACAGGGAGAAGGCGCAUACCCUGCAGCGAGACUCGCAUGAGAAGAUUGCCUUUAAGCACUUUAAGGAAGGGGACCUCGCUCUAUUUCUUCCGACGAGAAACCAGACAGCCGGGGCUUGGGCUGCGUUCAACGUGGGCUUCCCUCACUACUUCCUGCGCGAGACCGACGCGCAUCGUCUGCGGUCUCGUGAAUGGCUGGUCGCUCGCAUCACUCGGAUACAGGAGCGUGUCGUCGACCUCUCGAAGAGCCUGCACAAGCAACUGCCCGACAACGAUUCGGUCAACGGCGAGGAGGACGAUAACCCGUUCCAGCUUUCUGACGGCUUGCGAUGGUAUCUCAUCGACGCGCACGAAGACAAGCCGGGCGCUCCCGCCACGCCUGGACUGGGCAAGUCCACGAUCGCUGCGAACACUGUCGAGGCCAUGGCGGACAUGCACACGCAUGCGCAGGCGAACGGCAAGGACAAGCAACGGGCGAACCCACACAGCAUUGAAGGUGUCAGCAAAGCGCUGAGCAAGAGUCUCGAGAGCCGUCGGAGCAGUUCCAACUCCAAGAAAGCCCUGCCCUUCGCCGUUGGCGGAGGUGCGGCGCUGCUCAAGGGUAACGCGCUGGGCAGCGAAACCAACUCGCUCCGUGCAGUUGCGCCGGAUACGCCAACGGAGACGAGCCCCCCCGGGGACCUUCUUGGAUCGUCGGCGAAUGGACACGAGCAUUUGGGGCAGGCUGGGCAGGCCUCGAGCCCGCUUGCGGAAGAGGGCCAUCCCGCGCAGGCGGGUGACGAGAGGCCCACCUCGCCCGAGGUACGAAGCACGAUCGAUUCCCUCAUCGGCCCCUGA